GGUUGGCUGGCCGAGAACUGACUCUGUGCGCGUGAAGCGGGUUCUGUGAAUCUAGCUGGCUCGCGCGCUGAGCUCAUAACGCCUUAAUAAACAGCUGUUGAAUCACGCGCGGACAUCGGGAUUAGAAGACGUAAGAAGCAAGAGGACAAAGCUGUGACAUGGUUUGGUUAAUGCUGCUAUGAUGGAUUUGACUAAAAUGGGUGUGAUCCAUCUCCAAAACCCUGGGCACCCCACAACUCUCCUGCAGAAGGCUAACCAGAUGCGUCUGUCGGGGACAUUGUGUGAUGUAGUCAUUAUGGUGGACAACCAGGAGUUCCAUGCCCACAGAACUGUGCUGGCAUGUGUCAGCAAGAUGUUUGAGAUUCUGUUCCAUCGAAACAGCCAACACUACACUCUGGAUUUCCUCUCACCAAAGACCUUCCAGCAGAUCCUGGAAUAUGCCUAUACUGCCACACUCCAGGCUAAACUUGAAGAUUUAGAUGACCUACUAUAUGCUGCAGAGAUUCUGGAGAUUGAGUACUUAGAGGAGCAGUGUCUGAAGAUCUUGGAGACCAUUCAGUCUUCUGAAGAGAACGACAUGGACAUAAACACGAACGAGAAUGGCACAGAAGAUGAUGAUGAGCGUCGGAUGAAAUAUUUAAAGAGCACUUUCAUCUCCAAAAAACAUUCCAUACAGGAGGGCAACUACAGCUCUGCUGGCCGCCAUCGACUGGGCCCGGGCAACAUGGUUGACAAGAAGCCGCUAGUGUCAGCACCAGUGGGCCUUAAUACCAUCAGCCCCACAAGGGCUGCUGUAGAGAGUCUGAUGAGCAUUGGCCAGUCUCUCCUGACAGGGACUGUGCAACAAGGUUUCACUUUCCCCCAAGAAAACUCUUCUCCAUUGCUGGAAAAGAUUAAGACUGAAAGGAUGCAUGUAGAUGAGGAGGGUGCCCACGAGGGUAGCUCUUCCAGAAAUGGUGAUGGGAUCAGUGAGUCCAAACAGCAUAGAGGCACUCCGGGAACCCCCACAAGAGGCACCGUCAUCACUAGUGCUCGGGAGCUCCAUUCCAGUGACGGUGUUCCUGAAUCAUAUGGAGAUACCAGCCAAGUGGGACCAGCAAAUGUUGCCAGUCUGGCUGAGAGACAUUUUGCAGCAUUGUACAACCAUAAGAAUGAAAGCAUGCUGCCCAUAUCUGUAUCUAUGGCUUCAUCUCUGCACAUGCCACCCACCCUUGCUAUGUCUGCAGACUUUGGCACCUAUGGUGGGCUCUUCCACCAGAGCUUCAUUCAGCGGGAGUUUUUCAGCAAACUGAGCAAUUGCACAGCAGGUGCAAAGCAUGAGGGCCAGAGGGAACGCUGCAGUGUGUGUGACAUGGAGAUGCUGGACAAUGAGACUGCAGAGCAACACAGGAAACUGCAUAGUGACAUGAAAACCUUUGGCUGUGAGUUCUGUGGAAAACACUUUUUGGAUAGCUUACGGUUGAGGAUGCACAUGCUGUCACACUCAGAUGGACCAAAAGCACUGGUGUGUGAUCAGUGUGGAGCUCAGUUCUCUAAAGAAGAUGCCUUGGAGACCCAUCGACAGACACACACAGGCUCAGACAUGGCUGUGUUUUGUCUGCUGUGUGGGAAACGCUUCCAGACUCAGAAGGCACUGCAAGGCCACAUGGAGGUCCAUGCUGGUGUGCGCAGCUACAUCUGCAGCGAGUGUGAUCGAACUUUCCCCAGCCACACGGCUCUUAAACGUCACCUUCGCUCCCACACAGGUGACCACCCAUAUGAGUGCGAGUUCUGUGGCAGCUGCUUUCGGGAUGAGAGCACUCUGAAGGGCCACAAGCGCAUCCACACUGGAGAGAAACCCUACGAAUGCAACAGCUGUGGCAAAAAGUUCAGUCUUAAACAUCAGCUGGAGACACACUACCGCGUACACACAGGUGAGAAGCCAUUUGAGUGUAAGCUGUGCCACCAACGCUCGCGUGACUACUCAGCCAUGAUCAAACACCUACGCACCCACAAUGGAGCUUCGCCCUACCAGUGUACCAUCUGCCAGGAGUAUUGCCCCAGCCUCUCGGCCAUGCAGAAACACAUGAAAAGCCACAAGCCUGAGGAUGUUCCCCCAGACUGGAGGAUUGAGAAGACCUAUCUGUACCUAUGCUAUGUGUAAGAAAGCUGAAGAAAGGAAAGAAGAAAGAAGAAACUGGAGGCUCAUUCACUCGUUUUGCUCUAAGUCUGGGCCAAAGAAGGAAAGGAAAAGUGAUCAAAGCUGUUGUAUAGAAUUUUCUUUCUAUUUUCCAGCAAUUUUCAUGACAUUACAGUGUGCUUGCUUUGGUAAAUAGAACGUAUUGUUAAAAUUACUUUUGAGAAAAGUAGAAGAACCCAAUUAAAUGGAUAAAAUAUUUCAUAGUAUUCUAGCCCAGCACGCUUCUCCCUAACAAAAUCCAAGAUUGCAAUUUGCUUCAUUCCACCUGUUACACUGAAAAUCUUCAGCCUUUUAGCACUGUAUUUUAUUCUUAUUAGUAAUAACAUCCUUUUUUUAUUCACAGCACCCAUAAAUGUUAAAUAUUUAUCCAAACCAUAAAAUAUAUAAAAAAUGAUAAAAAUGAGCAAAGGUAGAGGCCACGUAUACAGAAAAAGCAGCUAAUAAAAAAAAUUCAAAAUAUAAUCAAAAUGACAUCUGUUCAGCAGUACAGGCCCAUCACACAGCUCAUUUUGAGUGUCAGAAGCACUCAGUGGUGGACAUUUGAUCAUAGGUAAAUUCAACUUAUGCUAUAUUAUGAUUACAAAAUAUUAAGGAUGUUCAGGGACGUGUUCAUAGAGUAUCUCCACUGUGCACUUUCACAACCAAGUUGAUGUCAUAACUACGAUGUACAGCAUAGUCAUGAAUACAGACAUGGGAUUUGGUUUGCUUUUCAUUAGCUGCCCACCAUUCUCUUACCAUUAAAACUAGUGUAGCAGGUCUAAUUUUAGUAUUUUCAAGUGCAUAUGUUGUGUUGUGAUAAAGUGAUGCAGUAUUAAUGGAUUAAGACUCACAUUUAGGGCUCCUCACAUUACAAUUUUUUUGUGUGUUUUUGUCAUAUUUAGAUACUUGGACUGCUGUACAUUGCAGUGGGGUGUCAUGUUCAGGCAUCUUAACAUACAGCAGACUGAAUAAAAAUGAGAUCUUUUAAAUACAUAUAAAAUGUAAAGAUCAAAGUAAAUUAACUAGAAGAGAUUAAAGAAGAAUAUGCAGUAAUCAGUGCUACAAAUGUUAACUUUUCAUGGCUUAUUUUUUACUUUUUUCAAAAGGUUACUUGAAUUACUUGUUUUGUGCUUGAUUUAUUUUUAUAUUAUACCACAGCACUGGUGCAUGCACUGUUGAUUGGUCAGAAGGUGUUGAUGAAUUUUCUAUAACAGCAUCCCAGACAGAAGUGUUUGCUGCAAGGCAAAUCACAGGUUUAUAUUAAUGAGUUUGCUCUAAUGCAUUAUUGUUUCUAUAGUAACAAUUUAUACAGCAACUCAUAUGGCAGAUGCUCCACAUAGACAGACAAAAAUGUUGUUGAUAUGGUAAGGUUUUCUGUGAGGAGACAUCAGAUUAACAUUUUUGGACUCCAGUGUCAGUGCUUGUAACAUUCUGAGCUAAACCUGUAACUUUAAACUUUCCGACAUGCUGCAUUUCUUGUCAUAUUAACUGAGAGAGAGAGAGAGAGAGAGAGAGAGAGAGAGAGAGAGAGAGAGAGAGAGA